AACACAUAUCAAAGAGAAAAUAUAACACAUGUUUAUGAAAUCCAUAACUAAAUUAUUUAAAACUUGUUUUAGUGCUUUGAAUAAUAACAAAGAUAUCUAGCUUCAGAGAGUGUAACAUUCCAGGUGAGAAGGAAAGCAUUAUACAAAUCAAUGGAAUAAAAAUCUGAUUCAAAUUUGUAUUUUAAUAUAUUUGACUUGAACAUUUCAAACAUGAUUUCAGGGGAAAUUUAAGGCUACAUCAGUGAUUAUGUGGGCAUAGAAACUGUUUGGAUCAAAAUUUAAUGAUUCUUUUAAAAAAUUUUUAAUAGAAUUAUGAAAACUGUAUUCAUAAACAGACAUUUACAGAUCAAGUUUGGGAUUAAAGUUAAAUAAGACAAAAUACCCAUAAUCUAGAAGUUCCUCAAGUAUGUGUGAAACUAUCCAAAUGAAGGAGAUUCUGAUCAGAGCUGAGAUUACAACAAAAGGAAAGAAGAUCAAUAUGGGAAAAUAGGAUAUUCUGUAGAAGUUUGACUAAGAACUGAUCAGCAAGGCAAUGUGGUAGAAGUGUGGAUCUUUUUCCUGUAAGAUUACUUACCUGUUUGGAUCAGAUGUUUAUGAUAUUGAUGACAGCAGGAUUCAUCACUGGAAUGCUGGGGAAUGUGUUAAUUGGACUGGUAAGCUGCUAUGACUGGGUCAAGAACCACAAAGUCACCUUCAUCAACUUCAUCCUGAUCUGUUUGGCAGUUUCCAGAAUGAGCUCCCUGCUCGUGGUAUUUGUUGAUGCAGUUAUAUGGGAACUAGCUCCUCAUGUCUAUGAUUCUUCCAGUCUAGCAAAAUGCUCUGAUAUAUUAUGGAUCAUGACUGACCAACUGUCUAUAUGGUUUGCCACCUGCCUCAGCAUCUUCUACUUCCUCAAAAUUGCCCAUUUCUCCCAUCCUCUUUUCCUCUGGUUGAAGUGGAGAAUGAGAAGCAUGAUUGUUGUUUUUCUUGCAUUUUCUUUGUUCUUGCUGAUUUUUUAUUUUCUACUGCUUGGAACACUUCCUAUUUUCAUGGAGAUUUACAUGAUGGCUAAAAGCAAUCAGACUCUAUUUUCAGAUACACAUAAAACCAUUGCUGUCAAAAACCUAAUUGUUUUUCACUUGACAUACUUGAUGCCAUUUCUUGUGUCCCUAGUAUCAUUGCUCCUUUUAUUUUUGUCCUUGGUGAAGCACUCCAGAAACUGCCACCUCAUUUCCACCAGCUCUGAAGAUUCUAGAACCAAGGUCCACAAGAAGGCAAUGAAAAUGCUGUUGUCUUUCCUCAUUCUCUUUGUAAUUCACAUUUUUUUCGUGCAGCUGACACGUUGGUUAUUUAUGUAUUGUCCAAUGAAUAGCUCAGUUAAGUUGGUUAUGUUAACAUUAAAUAUCUUUCCUUUAAGUCACUCAUAUAUUCUGAUCCUGGGAAAUAGCAAGCUUCGGCAGACAGCAGUGAGGGCCCUUCAACAUCUUAAAAGCCAGCUGCAAGAGUUGAUCCUCUCCUUUCAUAGAUUCUCCAGAGUCUUUGCUAAGUGACUAAGCUAAUGGGGAGCCUCAGAAGGUCACUGUUCUUCUGCUGGGUUCUAAAUACUACUGAACAUUCACAAACAGUUCUUUAAACACACUACCUUUUCUGACAGUUUGCACAUAGUCAGGCUAUAAAGCAGAAACCUAUCUUUUUUGUUUCCAUCAUUGGUAAUCAAAACUAGUAGUCUCAAACAUUUUAAACAUUUUAACUAUUUAAAGGAAUCAAAUAGUUAAUUUUACAGGCAAAAGAAAUGUAAUAACCAUUAAGAAGGAAGGUUUGUUGAUGUAGGAUUCCCCUCUGUAUGUUGUGAUUACCAUCAAUGAAUAAAGAAACUUCUUUGGACCUAUAGCAGGGCAGAACUUAGGCAGGGAAAACUAAACUGAAUGCUAGAAGAAAGAAGAUAGAGUCAGGGAGAAGCCAUGUAGCCCUGACAGAGACAGACACCAGAACAUUAGUCGGUAAGCCACAACCUUGUGGUGAUACAUAGAUUACUAGAAAUGUGUUAAAUUAAUAUGUAAGAGUUAGCCAAUAAGAAGCUAGAGAUAAUUGGCCAAGAAGUGAUUUAAUUAAUACAGUUUCUGUUGAUGUGGGAGUGUCAUAUAUCAAUCUGUUGAUUUCAUUGGUUAAGUUAUAAUAAACCAACUGCUUGGCCUCAGCUUAGAACAUAGAUGGGAGGAGUAAACAGAAUAGAAUUCUGGGCGGAAGAGGAAGUGAGGUCAGACUCUGCUCUGCUGGAGCAGAGACACCAUGCUCAGCUCUCCCAGGCAGAUGCACGCAAUGAAGCUCCUCCAAUCCCGAAUGGAUGUAGGCUAGAAUCUUCCCGGUAAGCGCACCUUGGGGUGCUUACACACAUCAUUAGAAAUGGGCUAGUCCAGGUGCGAGAAUUAGCCUGUAAGUGUUAGAGUUCAUGGGCCAAGCAGUUCUUAAAUGAACACAGUUUGUGUGUUGUUAUUUCGGGCAUGAGCUAGCCAAGUGGCCGGGGUGUUGGGGACGCAGCCCCGCCGCUCCUUAUUUCAACAUUCUGUGUGGUUAUUUCAGGAGUCUGGGCAGCCAGGAAAUGAACAGGCAGCCUCUUUACAACUAAUUGGUUCUCCAACAUGGUUGACUAUAUCCAUCUAAAACCUGAGAAAGCUUGGAAAGGAACUCUAGACACUAAAAAACAAAGUUUAGCCACAUCCUUCCAAUCCCCCAAUGGGCUUUGCUUGCUGGAAACAUGCUGUGGCUCCUUUAAGAGAUGUCUUCCUGAUUCAGCAGGGUUUCAAAUGGCAGUAGAUUGUGGCUCUUUCUAGAGGCUGAACACCUGAAUUGCAUUUGUAGGCAUGGGUGCUUAUGUGCCCACUUGGGGUCAGGAGCAAAGUAGCUGAGACCAUGCUCACAGCUCAGCGCUCCCUGCCUUGGGCAGGCAGUGGAAUCAAGUCUGCUAGGCAUGUACAGGGAGGUGAGCAUGGCAGAUUCCUGACACCAGACACUGAAAUACUCCCAGACUGUACAUUGUGCUGCAUGGCAGAUUUAGAUAUUGCUCAGAUAAAAAGGAUUUAUGUGCUGCAUACUCCUUCUCAGAGUUAAAACUGGUGAGCACAGAUCCUACCUGGAAGUCCCAGAACUGGUGGUAAUGGUACAUUCACCAUUUUAAAAAGCAGACAGAGGUGGAGCCAGCACCCAGGGCCAUUGUGACCAAGCUGCUUAGCAUUUUAAGAGCUCUCUAGGACAGAAAAGGAUCACUAGAUACACAAUAAAUAGAAAUUCAGAUGAAAAAGACCUCUGAAUGGAUCACAGUGUUGGAUAAAUCUACAUAGGCUUGGGAUAGAAAAAGAAAGAGUAUAGAGAGUCAUAAAAGGAAGUAAAUGGUUUAGAAAAACCCAAAGUCUUUAAAGAGAUAGACAGUCACAGAUUAAAGCAGUAAAAGUAAUAAAAUAAAUAUUAAACAUAAAGUAAAAAAUUAAUAAGCCAAAUAAAUAUGGAAAAUACACAGAGUCUGGAUUAUGUGUAUUAUUGUGCUUUUUUGAAUUUUUUGACUAUGAAGGAGCUAAGUAACCAACUUAUAUACUUUAGAGGUAUUUCGUCAUUGAAAUAUGGAUCUAAGGAUAUGUUGCUUUGGUAAAGAGGUUCUUCUUUUGUUUCCACAGAGGAUGAGAACCUGUGUAAUCCUUCCAGAUUAAUGUGGUUUGAUGGACUAAGACUCCAGAAAGGUU